GCUCAGUGGUGCUUGUCUUACCCUCCUCUCUCUCUCACUCACGCUUUCCUUCUUUCACCAUCUCUUGCUCUUGCUCUUGCUCUUGCUCUUAUUCUCUCACUCAGCUCCAAACAUGGUUGACGUUUUUGUUGGCACAUGGAACUUAAAGGAGAGCAAGAAUUUCGAUGACUACAUGAAAGCCCUCGGUGUUGGCUUUGCCACGCGUCAGGUUGGCAGUAUGACCAAACCUACAACCAUCAUCUCCAAGGAGGGAGAUGUCAUCACACUUAAGACUGUCAGCACUUUCAAAAGCACAGAAAUCAACUUCAAACUGGGAGAGGAGUUCGACGAGACCACUGCAGAUGACCGUAAAGUCAAGUCCUUGAUAACUUUAGAUGGAGACAAACUGGUUCAUGUUCAGAAAUGGGACGGUAAAGAGACGACCCUGGUCCGAGAAGUCAGUGACAACAGCCUCACUCUGACAUUGACACUUGGCGAUGUUGUCUCCACACGGCACUAUAUCAAGGCGGAAUAAAGGGAAAACUCAAUCGCAGCCCGUCCUCAUCAAUGGUUAUGUACAUUUCCGAAGUGUUUUCUGUGGUGUUCAUCCUCUUCAUUUGCACCGGUCCUCAAACACUGAAUAAAAUUCCAACUUCAUACCUCCAGCUAUCUGUAUGUGAUAUCACAUUCUGGGUGUGUGAUAUGCUUCAGCAGUCAGUGUUACGUCAUAUGCCUUUGGAUUACAAUAAAUAUGACAUUUGCUCCAAA